GUCUUUGACUUUGAACUGGACAAGGAGGAUAUGAACACCUUACUCAGCUGCAACAGGGCCUGGAGGGCCUGUGCCUUGGUGAGCUGUGCCUCCCACAGGGAUUACCCCUUUCGGAGUUUUGAAGGAGUUUUGAAGCUGCAGGUGCCUGCCCUUGCCCAGGUGACCUGCCGUCUCCCACCUCACUUCUCUUAUGUGUAG